ACAGUUAAAAAAACUCUUGUUAUUUUUUCAUUGUCGCGUUAGAAGUACAAUGAAACACUUGUCGGGUUUUAUUUUGCUGUUGCUUAUUAUAGGGAAGAGUUCAAGUAUUCCUUUCAAUUCAUCGGUUAUUUCUAAAUACGCGACAGUAUCAAAGUGGGGCACAACAGAUUCAGGAAUCGAAGGAGCUAGAAGUUCAGGACGAAAUAUGCAGAACCAUAGGAUAGAGUCGUCGAAGAGUAUAAGUCCAACAGCGAAAAAGAAAACCCCUUCAGUGGUUUAUCACUAUCCCGUCUAUCAAAAGCCGGAUGCCAAAAUAGAUAAGCAAAUAGAACACGUUCCAGGGAUAGGAGAGGUGAUAGUUCAACAGGCUCAAGACCGGUUUGAAGCUAGACCGUUGUUCGCGUACAAGAACAAACUCUCUUCAUCGUAUGGGCCACCUUCUGCCCCAAAACCAGCUGUGCAAGCCCCUGCUGCGGUUCAGGCACCUCCACCAGCACCAAGUUCACCAAUCGCUCCACCUCCUCGAGCAGUCUCAAGUUUAUACGACUCACCUUUUACUUCAUAUAACCCUCCAGAUUUCAAGCAAGAUGACUCAGCUGGCGGAGACCAAUUCCCACCGAUCAAUUCGGAUGACAAUGCUGGUCUGGCACCUCCUCCGCCUCCGACCAAAAGCAGUAGCUCCUCUACGGAAAGUCCUAAAGCAAACGCAGAUAGCUAUGCGUCGUUGGGACCUCCUUUUGCUUCGUAUGGAAGCCAUGACGGACCUCGGGAUUAUGACCAGAAAGACGCUCCUGUAGAAGACCCAAUGGCGAUGUAUAAAAACCAUGACGAAGGUCCUCCAGACUAUCCUCCUAAAGGAAUCGAUGACGUAUAUUACCCUCCGGAUUUUCCGAAAGAUCAGAUCAAUCAUGAAAUGAAAGAUGAUCAUGGGCAAGAUUCGGCUCCGGCGCCAGAUCCUAUGCCAGAGAAAGAUGAACCGAAGGCGAAUGAUCACGAGCAGGAUAGCAUGGAUCUUGCACCGCCACCUGUACAUGGUUACAAGCACGCAUUUCCAGAUUAUUUGUACGACCAUCAUCAUUAUGACAACCACGUUUACGAAGAAAUACCCCACACAACAAUGCCUCCUGCUAAAGAAGACAAACGAGUCAGUACGACGCAUUACAGCUACUAUUUUUUAGGUAGAAUUGCAUGGUACAUUCCUUUAUACUUCAGUGUUUACUUCAUUAUUUACGUAACAGUUUUGAUAAUCAAGUCGAUCGCUAGGCAUAAGGUUAAAAUUAAGUACAAAUGGUACGAACACGACAUCAACGCUAAACAGGCACGAAGUUUGGAUUUGAACAGCGCCAGAGAGGACCAUAUUUCUGAUAUACAUAGAAAUGUUUCUGUAGCACUUAAGGACACAACCGAAAAAUAUGGAAAAGUUGUAUAG